GUGGAAGACAAAUUAAAAAGAGAGAGCUUCCAAAGGAGUUACUUUUUCUCACCACUUCACUAUGCAAUUGCAAACACACGCAAACGCUUAUCUACCUUUCUCUUCUUAUUGGAUUCUUGGGUUGUUACGCGUCUUCUUAGAUUCUUCAUCACUUCACUUUCUUCUUCCUUCUCUCCCAUUGUCUCUUUUUGUUGUGAUCUACAACAUUUGCUCUCGAACCCCUAAUUCAUCUCCUUACCCAAAGCCACCGACUUGGGUUUAAGAUCUGAAAGCUUUCGACUUUUCACUGUAAUUCGCCGAAUUGAGAAUACCCAGUAGCCAAAGCUCAGGUCUUUGGCCUUGUGGGUUAAAAAUUUAGGGGUUUAGGGUUAAGUUUUGUUCUGUAGAAGCAAUGGUGUAUUCUAGUGGAAGUUGGAGAGAUGCGUAUAAAGGAAUGUCGUCUGAUAAUGUAAAGGGUUUAGUGUUGGCUCUAUCUUCAAGUAUAUUCAUUGGAGCUAGCUUCAUUGUUAAGAAGAAAGGACUUAAGAAAGCUGGUGCUUCUGGUCUCAGGGCAGGGUCUGGAGGCUAUUCUUACUUGCUUGAGCCUCUCUGGUGGAUAGGAAUGAUAACAAUGAUUGUGGGGGAAAUUGCAAACUUUGCUGCGUAUGCGUUUGCACCUGCCAUUCUAGUUACUCCUCUUGGUGCGCUUAGCAUUAUUAUCAGCGCUUCUCUAGCACAUAUCAUCUUACAAGAAAAGUUGCACACUUUCGGGAUCCUUGGUUGUGCUUUAUGUAUCGUUGGUUCGGUUACAAUCGUGUUACAUGCUCCACAAGAACAAGAUAUUGUUUCCGUUUUAGAAGUUUGGAAUCUUGCAACAGAACCUGCUUUUCUCUUCUACGCUGCGGCUGUGGUAGGAGCAGCUAUUGUACUUAUAGUUCAAUUUAUACCACUUUACGGGCAAUCCCAUGUCAUGGUAUAUAUCGGUGUUUGCUCUCUUAUAGGAUCAUUAUCGGUUAUGAGCGUGAAGGCGCUUGGAAUAGCGUUGAAACUCACAUUUUCUGGAACGAAUCAGUUAGGGUACCCGCAAACAUGGGUCUUCACCGUGAUAGUUCUUUUCUGCGUGAUAACACAAAUGAACUAUUUAAACAAGGCGCUUGAUACGUUCAACACAGCAGUGGUUUCACCCAUAUAUUAUGUUAUGUUCACGUCGUUGACGAUCUUGGCUAGUGUCAUCAUGUUUAAGGAUUGGGAUCGGCAGAGCGGAACACAGAUCAUGACAGAGUUGUGUGGGUUCGUCACAAUCCUAUCUGGAACUUUUCUUCUUCACACAACAACAGACAUGGUUGAUGGAGAGUCUAAAGGAAAUUUAUCAUCAGAGGAGGAUAGUCAUCUGCUUCUGCGAAUUCCAAAACAUUCAGAAGACAGUAACGGGUUUGUGCAGGAUGGCAUCAUUCUCAGUCUAAGACGCCAAGAGUCUGCAAAGUCACCACGGCCUGCUCGGCAAAACAAGCAACUGGAAGAUGAUCUUGAAGCUGUACCACUCCGAAGACAAGAGAGUUCAUUACGUUCAUAACAUUGUUUGGCCACAUACGAACGUGUAUAUAUAUAAAAUCUAGCGCCUAAGAGCAUUGCGUUUGGUAUCAUCGGCUGAAGAGAGGCGGCAUUCUUAUAGGUGGCCGAGCCAUUUUUCCACAAUAUCUUUUGUUGGGUUCUUCAGAAAUUUCAUGUGUCACUUGUUUGGAGAAACUGUUUUUAUACACGUAUAUGUGAUUGAACCCUGAUUAUACCCAAUAUCAUAUCGUAACUAAGUCAGAACCAAACUAGCGGUGGCAACGCUGACCAAGGGAGAAGAGGAACCCAAAGCUGAAAUUACUUUCGAGAUAAUCAAUCAGAACUUUAUGAGCAAUCAUACUGAUACAAACUACAAGCCUACAGAAGCAAUGAAUUGAAUAAAACAUUGAGACGACUGUUAAUGAAUUGAAUCGGACUUUCUUUCUUUUUUUCAAUUGAAACACCUGUCCCUCUCUCUCGUUUCGUAAAAUCACCAUCACAUUCGUAUACCCUUAAACCGGGUUCUCACCUGAAAUGUGUGUGUCGAUCUUCUCACAACAAUGUUGGUCUCAGAGAAAAAUAACUGUGGUGUUUUACUCUUACUCACAGUAAGUACAGCCGUGAUACUAUACAGCAUUCAAAAAGUGGUCUGUUAUUGUGUUGUUGCUGCUUGUAUAAGGUUUCGCU